UAAAAGAGUGAUAGAAUAUACUUUUGACGAAUGUGUGACGGAAGAAGUAACACAAACAGAGCAGAUUUUGGCGCCUUUUCCAACGAGCUUGCGGUGGAGCAGGGUUUACUGCGUCAAUUACCUGAACUCUUUUAAGGUUUGGAGUUAGAGACUGUAUGCUAAUUUGCGGUCAAAAAAGUCGCUAAUGUGCUGACUGGUACUGUCCACAUGGAAGCUUUCUGUGGGGUUUCUUACAGUUUACCGGUUUAACUUAUAAUUUUCAAAACUUGUGCUACUGAGUUUCGACCUCGCGACCAAGGCGGGAGUUAACUGGAACUCACCAAAUAUGUGUACAAUUUGAAUUGACUUAGUAGGAAGGCCCGUAUACUCUGAAGUGGUUCAAAGCUGGAGAGGAUUAAGUUGCAGGGACUAAUACCAUGAGAUAGGUUGCUCAGCAUCUUGUAUCUGAUGAUGGAUGGAAUCAGACCUAUUAAUAAAGCAGAUGUCCACAGAAUUUGUUCUGGACAGGUUAUUCUAGAUCUCUCAAGUGCUGUUAAGGAACUUGUAGAAAAUAGCUUGGAUGCAGGCGCAAACAGUAUUGAGGUUCGGCUGAAAGAGUAUGGAGGAGAAUCAUUUGAGGUUGGAGAUAAUGGAUGUGGUAUUUCCCCAAACAAUUACCAGAGUGCAACACUCAAGUAUCACACUUCCAAGAUUUCAGAUUUUUCUGACCUUCAAUCAUUGACUCUUUUGGGAUUCCGUGGAGAGGCAUUAAGCUCACUCUGUGCUUUGGGGAAUGUGACCAUCGAAACAAGAACUAAGAACGAAUCUGUUGGUACACAAUUAAUAUUUGAUCAUUCAGGUCUGAUUAUUUCUCAAAAAAAUAUAGCACGCCAGAUUGGUACCACAGUUUCAGUUGCAAAAUUGUUUUCCCCUUUGCCUGUGAGGUAUAAGGAGUUCCAUCGCAAUAUACGGCGAGAGUAUAGCCGCCUUUUGUCUCUAUUGCAUGCGUAUGCUCUCAUUGCAAAAGGAGUUCGAUUAGUUUGCAGUAAUGUGUCAGGCCGGAAUCCCAAGAUUGUGGUUCUGAGAACACAAGGAAGUGGUUCUGUCAAGGACAAUAUAAUAACAGUCUUUGGCACCAAGACACUUGCGUGCUUGACAGCCUUGGAUUUUUGUAUGUCAGAUGGAUGCUAUAUUGAAGGAUUUGUAUCUAAGCCUGGAUCUGGAAGUGGAAGGGCUUCAGGUGAUAGGCAAUUCUUCUAUGUCAAUGGUCGUCCUGUGGACAUGCCUAAAGUGACAAAGCUUCUAAAUGAGCUUUAUAAAUCUUAUAAUUCUCAGCAAUAUCCCAUGGCUGUCUUGAAUUUCAUCCUUCCUACUACAACAUAUGAUGUUAAUGUAACUCCUGACAAGAGGAAGAUUUUUCUUCAUGAUGAAGGUUCUAUUAUGUCUGCUCUCAGAGAGUCGUUAGAAAAGAUUUAUUCUCCUAAUAAAUAUACUUAUUCUAUAAAUAAUGUUGAAAUCAGCUCACAGGUGAUGGAGACUGUCAUUUCAUCGGUGUCACCUUGUAAUUCGGAUAAGCAGGAACCCUCUUUCCCAGAUAAUUAUGAUGUGAUUGAAAAUGGAAAUAGUAAAGUUUUGGUUUUGGAUGACAGUAGGCUGAAUUCUCAUACUGAAGAUCUGUUUCAAGAACCCAAAGAAGCUGUGAUUCAGGAGGACAAUUCUGAGAAUCAAAAAGUUGACGAUGCAUUGACUGAACCAAUAUCUGAUACAUGCGAACCUAAAACAAGCACACCACUUGUUGAUUUCACAGCAUUCAAGUGUGGUACUCCUUCUGAACUCACAAAAGUGACCCAUUCUUCUUUAAGUGAAUUGGAAAGCUCUUCAAUGUCUUCAUUGGCAAAGACAGCAAAGGGGGGAUUGAAAGAUUUGGGAUUGGUUUCCCAUUCAAGGCGGGUGCAGUCGAAGCUCACUGGCUUUGUAACACCAAAUAAGAGGCAGCAUGAAAAAGGAUCUCUACUGAGUGAAGAACCAGUGCUGAAGAAAUGGAUGUUUUGUGCUGAUGAAAAUUCUAAAUGCAUAAAAAAACAAAAUAUCAAAGGUUCUAGGCUGGGCUUUUGUUUAGAAAGGGGUGAUUCUUCAAUACACAAUUUGACCUCAAAAACUGAAGAUGAAAAUGACUGUCCAGCAAUACAGGAUUUGAGUGAAAAUUUAACUCCUGUUCAAUGUUGCAAUGAACAAGCCAAAUACCAAAGAGGAAGUCCACAGGUUGAAGGGGAUCAUGGCACUGAUGAGGAAAAUGCUGAAUGUGAGAACCUAGAAAUGAUAUCUCGAGAAGAUGAUGUGGGUAUGAUAUCUAGUUCAACGCAAAUAUGGGAUGUAGAGAGAGUUUCAAGAACUGAUGAAGACAUUGGCACUAAGUUGAUGUCCGAUGUGCAACUAGAUGAUAAAGAUAAUAUUGAUAGACAAGCUGAUAGCAAAGAUAUUAGAAUUGUCCAAUUUGAUAUUAAUAGGUGCAGGCUGAAGAGCAGCAGGGGUUUUCUUAGGCAUGAUAGAAAUGUAGACUCACAGGAAAAACAGAAAAGACACAAGAAGAGGUGCUAUGCUGCUGCCACACUGGCAAAAAGUUCUAUAGUUGAAGAUGGGGAGGAAAAGGAGGUAGCUUUAGCUGCAGCCACAAGAGAGCUAGAGAGAUCAUUCAAUAAAGAAGAUUUUAGAAAAAUGAAGGUGAUUGGGCAAUUCAAUCUUGGAUUUAUAAUAGGAAAGAUUGAUGAAGAUCUUUUUAUCAUUGAUCAGCAUGCAUCAGAUGAGAAGUACAAUUUUGAGCAUCUUUCCCGGACAACUAUUUUGAAUUGUCAACCAUUGCUUCGACCAUUGGCCCUUGAGCUAACUGCUGUUGAAGAGGUCACAAUUUCAACACACAUGGACAUUUUUAGAAGGAAUGGAUUUGAUUUUGCUGAGGAUGCUAGUGCACCACCUGGACGAAGGUUCCUUUUAACAUCUGUUCCUUAUAGCAGGAACAUCACUUUUGGUGUUGGAGAUGUGCAGGAGCUAAUAUCUAUUCUUGUCGAUGAGCCAGCACCAUUUAGUGCAGAGUAUAAUGAUUCUGUUAAAUGCUCUUAUCCCUCUGAUUAUUCAUGCAAAAAGGUCAUAUCACGAUGUGUAUCUGCUAUUUGUCCAUCGAGAGUGCGAGCUAUGUUGGCAUCUCGUGCUUGUCGUAAAUCUGUGAUGAUUGGUGAUGCAUUGAGCAAGAAGGACAUGGAAAUGAUUCUACAACAUUUAUCAACUCUAGAUUCUCCUUGGAAUUGCCCACAUGGUCGACCAACGAUGCGACAUUUAUUUGAUUUGGCAACACUAAAUCAAACCUAGGUUUUGGUGAAGAUUCUUUAAAAGAAUAUAAUUUAUGAUUCGUUGUAAUAGAUGCAAUUAUAUUGCAUGCCAUGUAAGUAAAAUAAAAUUAAGUGCAUGCGGCUUAGUUGUUAGCCAUAAUUUAGUAUGGUCACUCACCGAUUGUAUGUUUGAUUCUGUUUGUAUCUUAAAGUGGUAGGGUGCAUGUGUUCAAUUACUUUAAUAUUGGACGUUACUAAAAGUGUUAGAUUGGCUGUAUAUUGAUAUCAAAAGGAAUUUAAUUGAUAUAUAAUAUGAUUUCCACUGAAAAAAGAUUAUAUGCGAUUUCUGGUGCUGAGGGAAAGACGUAUUAACGUCAAGUGUGUGAUAAUACAUUAGAUAAAGAUAAAAAAUAUUUCGAGUUU